CUGCGCCCGCAACUUUAUCGACUCCCAUCAACGUUACUGGACAAUAAGCUCCGGGGCUAUGGCGUCGCGAAUUUUCCCGGGCGAGCGACAGGCUGAGGGGGCCAAGCCGCUGAUUGGAGUAUGAUAAGUAACUUCACGCGCAAGACCAGCCUCUCUGAGACCGGAGUGACUUGACUGGCAGUCAAUAAUCUCAACUCAGUCUCUCUCGGAGUCUCACCUCACUCAGGUCGGUCGCUCGGUCGGUCUGUCUUACGUGGCCGAUGGAUGGAUUGGUUUGCGCGUUUGCAUAUGACCGAUCCUAGGGGCUCGCUGGCUUCCCUGGCUUCCCUGUUCUCAGCAUUAUUGUUUCACUUCGCGCUGAAGUCUAUCGUGGAUUCGCACAAGGACCUGCCUACCCGAGUAAGGGAAGGCGUUUGGGAAAGGGGGCCCACUCUCAUACUUAUCGGACAGUAUGUCAUGCGAACCAUCGCCCCGGAUAAGAUUUGUCAAGCUUUUCGGUGUUCAAGUGUCUAUCUUUGGCUCGCAGCGGAUAAAUUCUCAGCGGGGAAAAGGGAGAGGGGGGAGGGGGGGGGGCAAUAAUGCGGUGUCCCUCUGGCCUCUCGCAGACUGGCAGUAGCUUUCUUUGCCUGGCGCCUAUCACCGACAGUCAAACCCUGCUCGUUACAAGGAUGGUUUCAGGUGCAGGGUUGGGGGUAAAUCAGUGAUGGAUGGUAACGGAGUUAAAGUCCGAGAACAAUCUAUCUACUGACUUACUUACCUGAUUAUCGGCAAAGUCAAGUCGCGACCGGCCAUGUUCCGGCUUAUGUCUGGGC